AUGGAAUUGUUGCAAGAAAGGCCUCAGAAGCCGAGAACAGCAGCCACUACUGCAAGGAAGAGACGCUUCAGAAGGACUAGCUUACCUUCCUUCCAGAAUAACUCUUUAAAACAUACCAGGAAGAUCGGGACAAGUAGUACACAGAAUCUUGAAUCCUUUGGCCCAUCAAAACCUGGACCUGAGAAUUAUUCAAAGCUCAUAAGUAACGAAAUAUUCAACAUACAGGGGAGUUCAGGGAGUAAAGCUAUAAUGGCGACUACUUCUCCUUGUUCACUGCUAAAAUAAGCUUAGAUCAAAAUCGAAAGAAAGAGUUAGUGAGGAAAAGAACAUCAGGCUUAACAUAAAAUUUCCUAUGACUAACAUGGAUCUUGUUGAAGAAAACAAGCCGUUGGAGACCAAACCAAGAUCUCAGACAGGGUAUAAGACCUACAGAAGCACUAAGCCCUCUUUUAGUAUUUUGAGUGGAGCUGAUACGACUUCCAUAAUUCAGGACAAAGAGAAGACGAUCCUAAACCUUAGGAAAAAGUUAACCUACAUGCAAGGGAAUCAGCCAAUUCAAAAAUCAGGAAUGAUGGCUGAAGAGAAUAAAACAAAUUUAUUCUACCAUACCGAUAAGGAACUGGCCGACUUGAGAAAACUGCUUGUCCGGCAGACCAUAGAGAACCAAAAACUUAACGAUUUGUUAAAAUAAAAGGUGUGCUAAGGUUAAGGAGAUGAUCUCUAUCUACAAUAUCCAGAUUUUGGAUAAGGACAAUAUCGUUCUUAAGCCAAAGAAUGUGAAUGAGCUGAACUACCUUAUUCAUGAACUUACUGAGACAUUAAUGAAAAGAUCUGAGGAUGAAAUUAGUCUCGGGCUGAAAACCAGAGAUCUUGAAUACUCCCAACAUGAAACAAAAAUGGUGAAAGGAGAGCUCAAAGCUCUCCAAAGAAAGUUUCAUAUUCUCAAACAAGAAAUUAAAUUUUCUAAAAAUAAAAUAAGUGAUAUGAAGUGGGUUCAUAAGGACAAUCUCAGAGACCUUGUCUCUGCAAAGAAAGAGAAUCAUGAAAUGGGUGUUAAAAUACAAGGGCUCACUGAAGGUCUCCACAGCAUUGAAGAUUACCAGUUAGAAGACGGAAAAGUGAACAAUAAAAUGAUUCAUGUUCUUUUAAAAGAAAACAGAAUACUUAGGAAGCAGCUGCAUCAAGUUGAACUGUCAGAUCAGAGUCCCUAG